AUGGAAAUAAGUGAAUAACUCUUUAAAUUUUUAGUAAGCUUUGACAUCAUACCAUAAGAAGCCACUCGCUUAAGCAAUCAACAAGUCAGGCUUCCAAAGGAGAUGUCUGCUAAUUUUGAAAAUGCAAUAUAUUUCGCCAAGAUAGCAAAAUAAAUAAAUAGGAUUCAGUAAAUAAAAAAUAAUUUGCCAGAAUAGCCACUUCCAAACAUUGGUUCACUCAAAGAGGGAAACAAACCUUCUUCAAAAUUCUUCAAUUGGAAUAUUGUUUUGUCUUAUUUUAUAAAAUACGAUAUUUCAGUUCAUCCAGAUCAAAAAACACUCAUCGCUUCAGGAGAUUUCCAGGCCGCAAAUCACUUAUUGGACACAUUACAUCAAUAUGUAAUAAAAAAAUAUCCCGAUUAUCAGAAUUAUGUACAGAAAACAUAAUAAUUAUCGCCUUCAAAGUAAAAAGAAAAAGAAAAUACAGUUGAUUUGAAAAAGGUAUAGAUAGAAAAGGAUCCUCUCUAAACUUCUUCUUCCUUAGAAUUCUUGAUUGCAUUAAUGUCCAAAAGUCUGCACUUAACUCCUAACUAAUCUGCAAGUCUAAUGACUGAGAAUUGUAAGUAUUUAGCUCAUGCAAUCGUUAAAGGAGUGAGAGGACUGUACGAUCCUAUUAUUCUGCUUUUUUAGAACAUCAAUGAGUACAUCACUCAUUUUUUUGAGCUCUGCUUAAAAGAUAUGAAAAUAAUCUUUAUCAUAAUGAAUGCACUUAAAACAGGAAUGGUUUGUAAAAAUGAUACUGUUGCUUAGCUUGCUUGCAAUUUUAUAUUUGGCUUUGGGGUUGAAUUUAAUAAAAGAAGCCUUUCAAAUAAGGCUUGGGACUGGUUCGUCAAUGAUAAUAACAAUGGACUUUACACAUGUAUUAAAUGUAUUAAGAGACACCCAAAACUAAAUGAAGAAAUAGUGAAAAUAUUCUAUUAGUAUGGGCAAUUUAAUUUUGUUGAACUAUUUACUACUUACCUUAAAGUUGAAUUACCUGACACUAAAGACCACAUGCAUUUUAUUAGUACUAUUAUUUAGCCUAUCAGUUCUCAUCCGUUUAUAUUAUAAGAAGUCUUACAAAAUGGAAUAAUGGAAGAUUGGUUAGAAAUAGCAUUUGAAUGUGCACAGCCAUACAUAUAAAAUGAUUUAAGAUUAGAAGCUUUAAAUUUUUUGUCAGAAUGUUGGAUAAAUCACCCCAAAAAAAUUGAAGAGGCUGAAUCAAGGGCUAAUCAAGUCAUAAAUCAUUUAAUUGAAGGAUGCUAUGAUUCAAGUUAAAGUGUCUUAUUAGGCAUUAACUGCUAAGGUUAACUCUUUAGGCUGCUAAUGAAACUCGGAAAAGAAAAGAACUUUUAUGCACCAAAAAUUUACAAAGCACUCACUUAAAUUUUGAUCUCGAGCUUAGAAAACCUUAGCAUGAGAGAAUUCUGUCUAAUAAAUUUUAUUGAUAUUUUUAAUGAAAUACCUUCGAUUCCAGUAGGAAUAAUGCUAGAACCAUAUAUUUCACAAAUAUAAGCUUCUGAUAAGAUAUUUGAAAAGUUGAAUGUUUGUGAUUUCUAAUUUCUAAAUUUUAUUUCUAGAAACAAAAACUUGAACACAAAAUUACUCGUUUUGCUGAUAGAUUUUCUUGGAAAAAUUCUUUUAAACAAUAUUAUUUUUUCUAAUAUUGUCCAUGAUUGUUUCAUGGAGCUUCUCUAUAAAUAUUAUGAUAUUCCUUCAGUUUAAGACUAUUUAAAUAAAUUCAUCAAAAUUAAUCUUGCAAUGUAUUAUGCAAGUGAGAAAAAAAAGAAACCAAAAGAAAAAGUAUUGCCACUAUACAAUAACUAAGCAGCUUCUAAAUCGCUCGUUUUACAGCCUUCAGAAAUAGAACAAGAACUAAUAAAUGCUCAAAAAAGGGCUAAAAUUGUUUAACUUUUAAAAUCUAUAGCUAACAUAUAAAGCAGACCAAUAAAUUUAAAAAUGAAGCCUUUAGUUGCUCACACAGCCAUUCAAAUUGAAGAGUUCCAGAAAAAAGAAAACAAAGGUAUGAUGCAUGUAUUGGAAGAAUUCGGAGAUCCUAAAGAAAUUAUUUAAGAAUACAAAAAAGAGUACUAAAGUCACAUAGAAAUAUAAAAAAAAGAAAGAGAAGAGCAAGAAGAGAGGGAAAAUUAAGAAAAUAUGAAAUAUAUGAAUGACCAUGAAAAAAAAGUAACAGAGAACCUUAAAAAAUAUGCAUUAAAACAUCAAAAGAAAAAAAUAACAUUGACAAAAGAAGAGCAGUAUAAAUUGGCAUAGCUGAGAAAGCCACAAGAAACAGAUCCUAAAAUUCUUUAAAUUAUUGAAGAUAAAAAAAAAGAAUAUAAAGCUAAGUAGGAAAGUGAUUAAAAAAAGAAAGAAGUUGAAAAUUAAUAGAUAGAAAAAUAAAAACAACAACUUCGAAAGUAGCUUGAAGUGAGAAGUAUAGAGCAGGGUAUUGCAGCCAAAAACAAACCAGAUACAGAGGCAAAUCAUUUAUUUGAAUUUGGCUCUCGAGAAAAAGAAAUGAAAAAAGAUAAUAAAAAAGUAUCUCCUUAAUUAAACUACUUUGAUUUAAAUUAAGAAGAAGACCGUGAUAAAUUAAUGGCUGAAGCUCUUUUAAAAAAAUACCAUAAGCUUUUUAGGCAUCUUUUUGUGAAAUACUCUAAUUCAAUUUAGACAUUUGAUAAUUAAGGUAUGACCUUCGAUAAACUAAAGGAUAAAGCCUAAUCAAUAACAUCAGCAGAAGUUUGGAAAAUGAUUAAAGAUUAUGAAUUGAUUUAAUAUAUAACUUAAGAAGAGCACAAAACUAUUUUUAAGCUUAUCAAUACCAAUUACCUAAAUAAAAAAAAUGAUUUUCAAUAAAUAGAUUUUAAAGGAUUUGAACAAUAUAUCAUUUAAUUUUCUUACAAAUUUUGCUCCAAACCACCUUAAGAUCUUCGUCAUUUGCCCAUAAGCUACUCUAUUGAAAAGUUAAUUGAAUAUAUGAAAAGUAUAACUAGAAAGUAAGGCCAUAGCACAAACAUAUUUGAAGACCCUGAUAAAAUAAACUAUGAAGAAUUUUAAAUGAAGCAAGAACUCAAUAAAUAGCUUAAAUAAAACCCAAAUACCGAGUUACCAGAGGGAUAUAAAAAGGUGUAAGAAAAAGAACUAGCUUUUAAAUAUUAAGUUCCUUAGGAAUUAAUGCUUCCUUAAGGGAUGAAAUAUGGAUAUGAAAUUCUCAAUGAAAUUUUUAUUUAAGCAUUAGGAUUUACUUUAAUUGAACCUAAAGCUGUAGAGAGUACUUAAUACAAAGCUUCGCCUCAGGUAAAAAGAAAAUCGAGUCCUUAACCUCACAAUGCAGAUAAUUAUAGAGUUUAAGAUUAAUAAAGAGAUUAAUCUAAAAGUAAAUCUCCAUAACCAAAAAGUCGAUUAAAAAGUAAAAACUGA